AUGACUCUUCUCCCAGGAGAAAAUUCAGACUACGACUUCAGUGCCCUCAGCUGUGCUUCAGAUGUCUCCUUCAACCACCCUUUCUUUGCCGAAAGGGAAACUCUGAAAGGCGUCUUCUACCAAAGAGCCAAGCGUCUUCACCCUGGCAAAGACCUCUACGAAAGCGUUCACCCGGAAGAAAGGAAGCACCACAUCAUCAUUAACGUGGGUGGCUUUAAAUACUUGCUUCCCUGGACCACUCUGGACGAGUUCCCCAUGACUCGCUUGGGACAGCUGAAAUUCUGCAACAAUUUUGACGACAUCCUCAAUAUUUGUGACGAUUACGAUGUGACUUGCAAUGAGUUCUUCUUCGAUCGCAACCCGGGAGCGUUUAGGACCAUCUUGACUUUUCUGCGGGCAGGGAAGCUCCGGCUCUUGAGGGAAGUAUGCGCCCUCUCCUUCCAAGAAGAGCUGCUUUACUGGGGCAUCGAGGAGGACAGCCUAGAGUGGUGCUGCAAGAGGAGAUACCUCCAGAAGAUGGAGGAAUUUGCCGAAAUGAACGAAAUAGAGGAUGAGUUUGUGGACUGUGAAAACCCUUCUGAAGCAACAGCAACAGAGACAAAAGCCAGCCUGUGCAUGAAAAAGUUACAGGACAUGGUGGAGAAGCCUCAGUCAGGGAUCCCUGGGAAAGUGUUUGCCUGUUUAUCAGUCCUCUUUGUGACAGUCACAGCAGUUAAUCUAUCUAUCAGCACCAUGCCUGGGUUACGAGAAGAAGAGGAACGAGGCGAGUGUUCUCAGAUGUGCUACAACAUUUUCAUUGUGGAAUCCAUUUGCGUCGGAUGGUUUUCCUUGGAGUUCAUUUUGAGAUUCAUCCAGGCACCAAGCAAAUUUAUAUUUCUGCGGCACCCUCUGACAUUAAUCGAUAUAGUUGCCAUCCUGCCCUAUUAUAUCACUUUACUACUGGACAGUGCUUCAGUGAGUAGUAAUAAAAAGCCAAGCUCUGGCAACAUCUACCUAGACAAGGUAGGCCUGGUGCUCCGUAUACUCCGUGCCUUGAGGAUUCUCUAUGUCAUGCGGCUCGCCAGGCAUUCAUUAGGCCUGCAGACCCUGGGACUUACGGCUCGUAGGUGCACACGUGAAUUUGGACUGUUGCUACUGUUCCUUUGUGUAGCCAUUGCACUUUUUGCUCCCCUCUUGUAUUUGAUUGAAAAUGAGAUGGCCGACUCUCAGGAGUUCACCAGUAUCCCUGCUUGCUAUUGGUGGGCAGUCAUCACUAUGACAACAGUGGGCUAUGGUGAUAUGGUACCCAGAAGCAUCCCAGGCCAGGUGGUGGCCCUGAGCAGCAUCUUGAGUGGCAUCCUUCUCAUGGCCUUUCCUGUCACUUCCAUCUUCCACACCUUUUCCCGUUCAUACAUUGAGCUAAAGCAAGAGCAAGAGAGAAUUAUGUACAGGAGGGCACAGUUCUUAAUGAAAACCAAAUCCCAGUUAAGCAACGCAUCGCAAGGGAGCGACGUAUUUCCGAAUAUGUCUUCAGAGACCAGAGACAAUGUCUGA